AUGACUUCAUUCACAUCUCAAUCCGUACACUUUCUUCCUCUGGGACUUAUCAGCCGUCUAUUCUGCGUGGUCGCUUUUUCUUACUUGGUCAUCGCGACCGUAAGAUCAUGUGUCCGCCUGUGGCACUUACCCGGCCCCUUUCUCUGUUCGCUCUCGUAUUGGCCAAUGUUUAGAAUCCGCUGUUACGGGUCUCGCGCGUUUUCCGAAUAUGCCAGGCUCACUGCCCAGUACGGCAAGCUUGUUCGCAUAGGUCCCAACGACCUGAUCACGUCCGACCCGGUCCUCAUCAGACGCAUGUCGGCGGCCAAGUCGACAUACGAACGCAGUAGCUGGUACAAGGCAACGCGCUUGGACCCGUACCAUGAUAUGAUGGGCAGCGUGCUCGACAAGUCAGUCCACCACUCCUUGAGGACGAAAUUGUCACCGGGCUACUUGGGAAAGGACAUUCCGGGGCUGGAAGCUAGCAUCGACGCGGGGAUCGCCGAACUCGUGGACUUGAUUCGCCAAAAGCACACCCAGGUCUCGGGAACUCCAGAUUCAAGGCCGGUCGAUUUCGGCCGCCUCGCGGACCUCUAUGCUAUGGAUGCGCGGUCAAGGAUGUCAUUUGGUCGUGCCAUCGGGCUACUGCAGAAAGAUACAGAUAUCUUUGGACUGAUUAGGACGUCAAACCUAGCGAUAGAUGUUCUGCAGUUCUUUACGGAUAUUCCUGCGCUGCAAAUGAUUUUCACGUCGAAUUUCGUUUUGGGCUUGCUUGGUCCUAAGCCGACCGACGUGAGUGGUUUCGGAAAGAUCAUGGGACUUGCCCAACAGCACGUUGUAACCCGGUUCGACCCUGACGCAAAAGACGAGCCAGACCUACUUGGAUCUUUUCUUCGCCGCGGGCUUGAUCGACGCUCAGCCCAGUCUGAGAUCAUGUUUCCAAUGGUUGCCGGUUCAGAUACAGCAGCGAAAGCCAUCAAGUGGACAAUGCAAUACCUCCUCUGGAGCCCCUCUACCUAUGAAUCUCUCGAGAAGGAGAUCAUGGUGGCGAUUUCGGAUGGAGCCAUUUCAGAGCCUAUCACUAACGCCGAGGCCCAGAAACUGCCCCUUCUCCAGGCUGUCAUUUACGAGGCUCUCCGUGUGCAUCCGCCGUUCACUGGUCUGUUGAUGAAACAGGUCGGCCCCGAAGGGGACAUGUACGAGGGCAAAUUCCUUCCUCCAGGGACAAGAGUCGGGCACGACACGUGGUCGGCCACGCACGAUAAACAGUUGUUCGGAGAGGACGCCGAUACGUUCAGGCCUGAGCGAUGGCUCGAAGCAGAUGCGGCCAUGGCCAAAGAGUGGAAGCAACGGACGGAGCUGGUCUUUGGCACCGGCCGAUGGCAGUGCGCGGGCAAAGCAGUGGCCCUCAUAGAGCUGAACAAGAUCUUUGUCGAGGUGAGUUUAUCAGGUUGA